AUGUCUGCUGAGAUGGAAGUGUGCUCUGAGGAUCAAGCUGGGGUGGGGGGCCUGUGUCCAGGUUCCUCCCACUGCACAUGUCAGGGCCUGAACAGGGUCUUCCAGAAGUCAGAUGGGUCCUGCAUCUGCCAGGCAAGACACGAGUCCUACGACAAGAGGGGCCUGGAGAGUGACGAGAGCAAUAGCAACAAGGACUGUCAGCCCAGAUACACACCACCCUGCAACUGCGGGAAGAAAGACCUGAGGGGAGUGAGAACAGUCUCUUGUUUGAAUCAAGGAGCAUUUGUGGAAGCUUACAGCAGUCAGGGUGGCUCUGGGGGCCACAAGCUUUUCCAGUUGAGCGAGCACAGGAGCAAUGCACUGGCCUUCUACAGGGGAGGCAGCCAGCAGCUCUGGAGACUCAAGGACCUUUUGCAAGGCCUCAGCCUGACUAAGACAGGGUCCAAAGCUGCCACCAGGACAGACAUCAGACAGCAUAAAGAAUCUGGGGCCACCCCACAGUUUCUCCCAGUGAGUGCUGGCAGUGUCCUUCAGAGUAAUUCAGCUGCCCCCCAGAGGCUCUGGGUUGUCCCCAACGCCCCUCGGAUGCGCACCUGUGCACAAGGUCCGAGAGCAGCCUUCCUCUCUAAAGGCACCUUAGAGCACAGUCGUCGCCAGAACGCCGUGUGCACGCUGUGCCGACGGUGUGUCUGUACCGGGGCCUUCAUUGGGGAAGUCAGAAAACCCACUUGGGGCUAAUACGGUACCCUGCUUCUCCUUCAGAAAACACCCCAAAUUUACUCUGUGGAGCUCAGUGGAGCCAAAGACAUGAAGCAAACAGACAAGGGGGAUGGCAAGGAUAAGUACAGAGGCCUGCGGGGUACCUGCUUGGAACGCAGAAAGAGUCACCACAAAGAGCAUCCGACAAAAGAAAUUGACCUGGAUGACCACAAGCUCACCAAUAAGGAAUUGGAAAAUAAAUAUCAUACAAAUAUUGUUACGGGUCUCUCCAGCACCCAAGCUGCUGAGCUCCUGGCUCGAGAUGGGCCCAACGCCCUCUCCCCUCCCAAGGAAACUCCAGAGAUUAUCAAGUUCCUGAAGCAGAUGGUGGGAGGCUUCUCCAUCCUUCUGUGGGUGGGAGCCAUUCUGUGCUGGAUUGCGUACGGGAUCCAGUACUCUAACGAUAAGUCAUCAUCCCUAGACAAUGUGUACUUGGGCACCGUGCUUGCCCUGGUCGUCAUAUUAACAGGAAUCUUUGCUUACUACCAAGAAGCCAAGAGCACCAACAUCAUGGCCAGCUUCAGUAAGAUGAUUCCACAGCAAGCGCUUGUCGUUCGAGAUUCAGAGAAGAAGAUAAUUCCUGCAGAGCAGCUGGUGGUGGGAGAUAUAGUGGAGAUUAAAGGAGGGGACCAGAUCCCUGCAGACAUCAGGCUGCUGUUUGCCCAGGGGUGCAAGGUUGACAACUCAUCUCUCACUGGGGAGUCUGAGCCCCAGCCCCGCUCCUGUGAGUUCACCCAUGACAACCCCCUGGAGACAAAGAACAUUGCCUUCUAUUCGACAACCUGUCUGGAAGGCACAGCGACUGGCAUGGUCAUCAACACGGGUGACCGCACCAUCAUUGGGCAGAUCGCCUCACUGGCCUCAGGAGUCGGGAACGAGAAGACACCCAUCGCCACCGAGAUCGAGCACUUUGUCCACAUUGUGGCGGGAGUGGCCAUCUCCAUCGGGGUCCUUUUCUUCGUCAUCGCGGUAUCCAUGAAGUACCGUGUCCUGGACUCCAUCAUCUUCCUCAUUGGCAUCAUCGUGGCCAAUGUACCUGAGGGCCUCCUGGCCACUGUCACUGUGACUCUGUCACUGACAGCAAAACGGAUGGCUAAGAAGAACUGCCUGGUGAAGAACCUGGAGGCCGUGGAGACUCUAGGUUCCACCUCCAUCAUUUGCUCCGACAAGACGGGGACUCUGACCCAGAACAGGAUGACCGUGGCCCAUCUGUGGUUUGACAAUCAGAUCUUUAUGGCUGACACCAGUGAAGACCAUUUCAAGCAAACCUUUGAUCAAAGCUCUGGAACAUGGGCCUCAUUAUCAAAGAUAAUUACAUUGUGUAACCGAGCCGAGUUCAGACCAGGACAGGAAAGAGUCCCCAUCAUGAAGAGAGUUGUGGUUGGAGAUGCCUCAGAAACUGCUCUUUUGAAAUUCUCAGAGGUGCUUUUGGGUAACGUGAUGGAAAUUAGAAAAAGAAACCACAAAGUAGCAGAAAUCCCUUUUAACUCAACCAACAAAUUUCAGCUCUCCAUACAUAAGACAGAUGACCCCACUGACAAGCGCUUCCUCAUGGUGAUGAAAGGGGCCCCUGAGAAGAUCUUAGAGAAGUGCAGCACCAUCAUGGUCAAUGGCCGGGAGCAGCCUCUGGACAAGAGCACAGCUGAGGCCUUCUACACUGCAUACAUGGAACUGGGAGGUCUAGGGGAGCGUGUUCUGGGUUUCUGUCAUCUCUACCUGCCAGCAGACGAGUUUCCAGAAACCUAUUCAUUUGAUGUCGAUGCCAUGAACUUUCCCAUGUCCAAUCUCUGUUUUGUGGGGCUCUUGUCAAUGAUUGAUCCCCCUCGGUCGACUGUCCCAGAUGCAAUCACCAAAUGUCGGAGUGCAGGGAUCAAGGUGAUUAUGGUUACAGGAGAUCAUCCAAUUACAGCCAAAGCUAUUGCCAAGAGUGUAGGUAUCAUUUCAGCCAACAGUGAGACUGUGGAAGACAUUGCAAAACGCCUCAACAUUGCUGUGGAGCAAGUUAACAAACAGGAUGCGAAAGCUGUGGUGGUGACUGGCAUGGAGCUGAAGGACAUGAGCAAGGACCAGCUGGAUGAGGUCUUAACCAGCUACCCAGAGAUUGUUUUUGCCCGAACAUCCCCCCAGCAGAAGCUGAUUAUUGUGGAGGGCUGCCAGAGGCAGGAUGCAGUUGUUGCUGUGACCGGUGAUGGAGUGAAUGACUCUCCAGCUCUAAAGAAGGCAGAUAUUGGGAUUGCCAUGGGGAUAGCAGGUUCAGAUGCCGCCAAAAAUGCAGCCGACAUGGUCUUGCUGGAUGACAACUUCGCAUCCAUAGUCACCGGGGUGGAGGAAGGUCGCCUGAUCUUUGACAACCUCAAGAAGACUAUCGCAUACACCCUGACCAAGAACAUCGCCGAACUGUGCCCCUUUCUGAUCUAUAUCAUUGUUGGGGUGCCCCUGCCCUUAGGCACCAUCACCAUCUUGUUCAUCGACUUGGGCACAGACAUUGUUCCGUCCAUCGCCUUAGCUUAUGAGAAAGCUGAAAGUGACAUUAUGAAUAGGAAGCCUCGCCACAAGAAGAAGGAUCGACUGGUGAACAAGCCGCUUGCCUUAUACUCUUAUCUGCACAUAGGUCUCAUGCAGUCCCUGGGAGCUUUUCUUGUGUAUUUCACCGUGUAUGCACAGGAGGGCUUUAGACCCAGCACCCUCAUUAACCUACGGGUGGAAUGGGAGAAGGACUCUGUGAACAACUUGGAAGAUAGCUAUGGACAAGAAUGGACGCGUUACCAGAGGAAAUACCUAGAAUGGACAGGCUACACGGCUUUCUUUGUUGGCAUCAUGGUCCAGCAAAUAGCAGAUCUGAUCAUCAGGAAAACCCGGAGGAAUUCCAUCUUCCAGCAGGGUCUCUUCAGAAAUAAAGUCAUCUGGGUGGGGAUUGCCUCCCAGAUCAUCAUCGCUCUAAUCCUCUCCUAUGGCCUGGGAAGCAUCACAGCCCUGAAUUUCACCAUGCUCCGGCCUCAGUACUGGUUUGUGGCUGUGCCCCACGCCAUUCUCAUCUGGGUGUACGAUGAGGUGCGGAAACUUUUUAUCAGACUCUACCCUGGAAGCUGGUGGGAUAAGAACAUGUAUUAUUAAGACCACCUACUUCCCAAGCCUCCCACCAGAACACCAGGACAUUCCUCUCCAUCUCCUGGCCACAUCUGGGACAUCAUCCGAAUACAUUCAGGAGAAGACAGAAAACUGUAGGAAAGACACUACCAGAUGUUUAUACUGUAAAGCAGAGAUUUGACUACUUAUAUAUGAUUUUCAUUAGAUAUACACCUCCUUACAUAAAAGGAUGUGAAUUUCAAGGUAAUGCAUAUGGAAAACUGAUGUAUUUAUAUGUAUACAGAGGCCCUGUGCAUGAAUUCAUGUACAUUGAAAGGAAAUUAAUUAGAAGAAAUAUUUUAGAGGCUGGGGAGGGACCUCACGAGGUUGGCUCCAGAGCAUGUCCAGCCCAUCUCGCCUAGUCCCGAUUGGCCGGACCCCAACAGCAAGCUAACCUACCGGUUGGAGCAUCUGCCCCCUGGUGGUCAGUGCUCAUCAUUGCGACUGGUCAAAUGGUUGAACAGUCAGACACUUAGCAUAUUAGGCUUUUUUUAUAUAGGAUAAAGCUCACUCCCAUGAAAUAGUCAGGUAAUCCAGAAAUCUGCUGGGGUCUCUGCUCCCUAAGUUCUCAUAGGAUUGCUUGGACCUCCAUUCCAUAACGUGUUAAAACUUCAAUGACCUCCCAAAGAUUUCUGUGAAUUCCCAGAGAACUUAUAUUUUCAUACCUACCCUGCUCAAAAGGGGCCAGUGCAGCUGAAGGUUUGCAAGAUAUGGAAGUGAUGGUAGGUUUACAUCACAAAAACAUGGACAACCUUAGUUGUGACUCUGAGAUGUCCUUCUUAAAGAUCCUCAGCCACCUAGCUGCAUCACCUCAACCAUCCUUGGUGUUCUCCCUCCUACCAGUGUGACCCCUCCCUCCAUCCCAUGCUGCCCUCCACCCCUACCACCAACUACUCCAAAAUGGAACUUCAAGUUCGUUUUGCAUAUCCUGUUCCAAGUGCUCUCUUGACUCAAAGGUAUUUUCAUUUCCCAGGAUUCAGUCUCAGUAGAGAACUAUUGUUGUUUAAAACAGUAAUAUUUAUUUCUUGUAAAACAGUUGCAAAGCACCCUCCAGCACUCAUUUUAUAUCUCUCAUGUUUCAUGCCUUAACUUAGAUUUAUUUACAUCCAUGUUGACAGCCCCAGAAAG